UUGUUGUGGUGUUUCUUAUGGCCCGAUGGUGAGAUGGAUCAAGAAAGUAUCUUCUGUAAAGCGCGCGUCGCCGCGCAAGGUCUUGAGACCCUGCGUCAGGAGCAUCAUCGCAUGAUCGAGAACCUCAAGGCUGAACCCCUCGCAGAUGAACCAGGGACGUUGGAGCAUGAGAAGUUGCAGAUAAUACAGGGAAACCUGGAGAAGAUAGAGCUGGGACUAAACGAGGCUCAAGUCAUGAUCUCCCUCCACACUCAUGUUAACACUAUUGAGGCUGAGAAACAAAAACUACGAGCUCAGGUGAGACGGCUGUUACAGGAGAACACGUGGCUACGUGAAGAGCUGUCAAACGCCCAACACAAGCUCAUGCAGUCGGAACAGAAGGUGGCGAGUCUAGAGGAGGAUAUCGGACAACUUAGCUUCAUGAACGACAUGAAGAAGAUAGAAACGGAGAAGAAGGAGGAGAAGGAGGUGAAAGAGGAAGGAGAGGAGACGGUGGUUAAAGACCCCAGCGAGGAGGAGAACAAUCUAGAGAUAGUUCUGGGGGAUGGAGAGGGCGGGGUGGACAAUGUAAUGAACAAUGUAGAUGUAGGGUCAGGGUUCUACGAGAUACCCGCCCGACUCCGCACACUUCACAACCUUGUUAUCCAGUACGCUUCACAAGGCAGGUAUGAGGUAGCUGUACCUCUCUGUAAACAGGCUCUGGAUGAUCUGGAGAAGACCUCGGGACGUAACCACCCUGAUGUAGCGACCAUGUUGAACAUUCUAGCGCUUGUUUACCGGGAUCAGAAUAAGUUUAAGGAGGCUAGUGUGUUGCUGAAUGAAGCGCUGGCUAUCCGCGAGAAGACACUGGGUGAGGAUCACCCUGCAGUUGCAGCAACUCUCAACAACUUAGCAGUACUCUACGGUAAACGAGGCAAGUAUAAGGAAGCAGAACCUCUGUGUAAACGAGCUCUGGAGAUCAGAGAGAAGGUGCUGGGUCCAGAACAUCCUGAUGUAGCAAAACAGCUGAAUAACCUGGCUCUGUUAUGUCAGAACCAGGGUAAGUACGAGGAGGUGGAGCGUUAUUAUCAGCGUGCACUUCAGAUAUAUCAGGAGAAACUGGGUCCUGAUGAUCCUAAUGUUGCUAAAACUAAGAACAACUUGGCUUCGUGUUUCUUAAAACAGGGUAAAUACCGCCAAGCGGAGUCGCUGUACAAGGAGAUAUUGAUGCAGACCCACGCUGCUGAGUUUGGAGGUAGGAGAAGUAAUGGUGUCAAGUCUGGUUCUUGGACAGACUCUGAAGAUAAGGAUAACGAAAGUAAUGACAGUAAUUCUAUGCCGUAUGGUGACUACGGCGGGUGGCACAAAGCAGCGCGUAUUGCUAGUCCUACUGUACAAGCCACGCUCAAGAACCUCAGUGCUCUCUACCGCCGACAAGGAAAAUACGAUGCAGCAGAAACUUUGGAAGAAUGUGCCAUGCGUUCCAAAAACAAGAGUCUAAACGGUAGUGGCUUAGACCUGUCACGUGAGUCACGUGACAGCAACGUGCAUGAACGUGACAUUACGACCACACGCAAGGAAAACAGGAAGAGUUGUGGGGAUCUGAAGUAUUAUGGGUCUCGUGGAGAUCUGACUUCUUCUGAGACUAAUAAUAGUAAUCUGAAGGAGAUUCAGGAUAAGAGGCUAUCUUCUUCGAUGUGUCAACUUUCAUCUGCUAACGACACUGAUAAGAACGGUGAUCGAACCAAGAAAUUAGAAAGAAAGGGUUCAUUUCAGCGACUGCGGAGGUCAUUUAGCGGUGGAGCUUCGAAACUGCUUGGGAAAGUGAGCGGUAAAGACCAGCUGGAAAAACCAACCGACCAAAAGGUCCCCAAAUCCCCGAGAUUACAGCGCGCAGCACCGCCCGGCACCUCAGCGGGGGAACCCUACUCCUACGGAGAAUACAGUCCUAACUCGAUACAGAGCGUUGCUAAGAUGCAGCACCGUCAGUCGCUCAACAGCAUGCGGUCCAGUAUUUCCGGUUCAGGUCCUGUAAAGGUCACCUACCUGCCCGAGUCCAAAACAUGACCUGCCCUCGAGACAGGUGUCAAAGUUGUAAAUAUUGUGAAUUGUGGCAGUGAUCUUUCGUACCCGGGAUAUCUUGUACAGUGCAGCGAAAUUGUAGGUAGUUACUAACGGAAGUAACGUACUGGUAGUUACUAACACACCCCUCUCUGAAUCAGGACACACGUGCACUACUCUUAACUGGGAGGUUUAUUAUGAUACAUCAGAGACACACUCUAGUUCUACUUGCGUAAUAUCACGUGUGUUAUCACGUGACAUACGACGUGUAGUUUAGCACUUUACCCUCGUUAAACUUAAGCUAAAACUAGUGACAAUGUCCCAACGAAGUUUAUAUUAGUUUUGUAACAUAAAGGGUUUAUACAUGAUGAUGAUUUGUUUGUUGUUGACGUAAAUUUAUUGUUAAUGUUAACACCAUUAUAUUAUUGUUCCAUGAUAAGAUUUGUUCACCACACACACUAUAUCUAGUAUUGUAGGGCUGUUUUUUGUUUUAGUGUAGAUUUACGUUUUUGUUUCCAUAAUAACCACCACACCACAUUAUUGACGGUUUUAGAUAUAAUAAUAGUAGAUGUGUCGUCUUGUGUCUCUCUUUUUGGAGAUUUCUCAUUUUUUGGGUACUCACUAAAAAACGGAGAUUGCGAUUUAUGUUAAGUUUCCGUGAAGGAAAAUUGAUUAUAUUUGUGAAGGUAUGCAGUCAGAGCAGACCAAACGAUUGUGAGUGCACAUUUAUCAGUGUAGCUAUCAUGGCAACCUUCAAUUGCGCUUUUGUAUAUGUAUAUGGAAUGCUAAUUUAUGGUUUACGUCGAGUUUAAUAAUAAUAACACUAUUAUAAUAAUGUUUUAAGUUGAGUAAGGGGUCGUUCACAUAUUACGUAAUCAGCCGAGGGGGGGGGGGAUUCCAAAUGAUUACGAUAGUGUAAUUUUGACACAAUAGCUGUGUGUAAAACUGAUUACGGAGGGGGAGGGGGUUAAAAAUUGUCCAAAAAGUGAUUACGUAAUAUGUGAACGACCCAUAAGUAUUGGAAGAGUUAUUUGAGGCAUUACGUUAGAUGGGCAGCGGUGAAGAAGGCCGAGCACACAACAUCUUCAAUGAUGUACGAAUAGUGAUAUGUGAGUAAAAUGACACAAGUGCACUAUGUAAUGUCAAUAAUGUGCUGUAAUGCAAUGAAGAAACCCAACAGGUUCCCGCACUUAAUAUCGAGGUAAAUACCUAACGGAAACAUGCUUGGUUGUGCUUGAAUCAAUAUGGCAUGUUAAGCAGAAGGUGUUAAAAAUAUUUGACUGAAAUGUGCUCAAACUAUCUCAUCAUUUGAAGAAAGCUUUAACAUAAUGUCUGGAGGGUCACCCGUCUGGAGAUUUUAAAUCAUAAUCAUUGUCAAAAUGUUAUAAUUGAUGGUUUUUACUUGUAGCCCUUGAAAAUGUGAUUGUACUAGGUUCAUUGACCAUGUGAAGUACUAACUAUGUCAAUAUACAUUGAUUGUAGAUUUUUAUACUGAUUCAGAAUUA